UCAUUAGUUUUAAUUUUUCACAGUUAUGUAUUGAGUUUUUUUCUAAAGUAAUUAUUUGUGAGUUGACGAGAAAAAUGAAAAUGGAAUGUUUAAAGCACAACUCAAAUGAACUAUUCGAUUAAACUAUAUGCAUAUAGUAUAUGAUUUUAAAAGUUUUCCACUGACAUCUCUUUUGUUUUCUGUGUCACGGAAGAAUCAUAAGUUUUAUCGUUUGUUUCCAGAAGUCUGUAAGCUGAGCUGCUAAAGAAAGAACCAAUGGAAGAAGAAAAAGAUCGGCAAAUAUAGGAACACGUACGUACGAUUAACACCAAACUGAAAAAGUAUAAGCAGUACAUAUGGACCAAAAGCUCAAGAAAGUCGUUGGAAUUCACCUACUUUCUGGAUGGUACAAGAAUUAACAGAUCCAUAUGUAACCAUUAUUCAACAGUUAAAGCAACAAACAAUUAUGGCCUACCACAAAUCAAUACAUGCCCACUCAUGAAUAUGGUCCAAGAUCUUCCACAUAAACGUCUUCAUAUUAACAUAGCCAUUCUCGCCGACUCUACUAGCCAUAGACGUGUUUGUUCCAUUGACUCUUGUUCAAAUUUUAUACGGUAUUGCACUAAUGUUGUUUGUCCUCCUACCAAUUUCUUAUUUGGAUCCCUAUACAUAAAACGGUUUUAUAUUUGUACACACUGAUUUAUUAUACUCCAUGAACAGUAUUUAACUUAAACAAAUGAAGUAAGACCUCUUGUAGAGAUUUGUACUUAGCGCUUCAAGACACAUUCAUUAAAUGCAUAUACAAGUAGGUGUAUUCAUACAGCUACAUUACAUGUACAUGUAUAUGCAAGUACGUAUGUAGGUAUAAAUAUCUUGUAAGCACGGAAAAGGGUAGAAAGAGGGACCAAAGGUUAGAAGAAGAGGUACGUGGUGCGAUAGUUUUGAUGAUGUACACAUUACAUAACUUUUAAUUCCACCGCAACGUGGUUCAUUCCUUCACCGAUCCUACGUCGUUUUCAAACCUUAACUCUCUCUUUCCAUUUGUCUACUCUCUAUAUUAAUCACCUGGGGUUUCUCCCAUUCACUCACUCACCUUCUCUCACUCAAGGGUCCAAAAAGUGUUUUUCUCUUUUGUGUUCUUCUCUUUUCUCUUUUUUGAGAGAAGAGAUGGGAAGGGCUCCUUGUUGUGAGAAGAUAGGACUCAAGAGAGGGAGAUGGACUGCCGAGGAAGAUGAGAUCCUCACUAACUAUAUCCAAACCAAUGGUGAAGGUUCUUGGCGGUCUUUGCCUAAGAAAGCUGGAUUGUUGAGAUGUGGAAAGAGCUGUAGACUAAGGUGGAUAAACUAUUUGAGAAGGGACUUGAAAAGAGGAAAUAUUACAGCCGAGGAAGAAGAAACCAUCGUCAAGUUGCAUUCCCUUCUCGGCAACAGAUGGUCGCAUAUUGCAACACAUCUACCAGGAAGAACCGACAACGAAAUUAAAAACUAUUGGAAUUCACAUCUCAGCCGCAAAAUCUACGCCUUCACUACCGUCACCGGGGAUGAGCACAGUCUAAAGGUUGACGAUUUAGUCCUGAAUAAAUCUUCUUCUUCUUCCUUGGGUGCCAAGAACACGAACAAGACCAAGAAGAAGAAAGGAAGAACUAGUAGGUCAUCCAUGAAGAAACACAAGCAAAUGGUGACGGCCUCACAAUGUCUCCCACAACCUAAAGAGCUAGAGAGUGAGAUCAGUGAGGGAUGGAACAGCGGGAACUACGAAGGAAAGUCGUUGGGAGCGUAUGAAUGGUUGGAUGGUGAGAUAGAGCGGCUCAUGAGUAGUUUCGUCUGGGAAUGUGCUAGUGAAGAGGCUGUGAUUAGCAUGAAUGAUGAUGACCCUGAUCAGAACAAGGUGUGUGAGAGCGGGGACAAUAUUAGUUGUUGUGUGGAUUUGUUUGAGGAAGAACAGGGAAAGCUUGGUAGCCUACACGUUGAUCAAGACAUGAAUAUUGAAAAAGAAAGAGAAGAGAGUAUUUUGAGUUCGAAUUCAAAUGAAAGUGGUGAUAAAGACUGGUGGGUUGGUCUAUGUGAUUCUUCAGAAGUUGGAUUUGGGAUUAAUGAUGAGUUGCUUGGUUGGGAGUUUCAAGGUGGUUUGACUUGUCAAACUGAUGAUCUCUGGGAUCUCUCAGAUUUUGGAGAAAUACAGCAAGUGGAUAGCAUAUGAGACUGUGUAUAACCCGAAAAAACAUCGAUCUUUUUAUUGUAAAGUCUAGUGUUUUGUUUGGUUAUAGUGGGUCUUGAGGUUGUGUAUUAGCUGUUCGAAUGUGUUACGGGAGUUAAUUAGGAUAUAUAGCCUCUAGUUUAGACCAGUUUGAAGCACAUUAUGUUUGUUUUGUCGUGACUAUUAUCGUUGUUGUUUGUAGUGUUUGGUUUGUUUGUUGUUAGAGCAUGUUCAUUGCAAUAACCCCUAAGUGGGCUCUUAACCAA